AUGUUUUUAGAAUACGACCCGUUUGCAGUAAAAAAAAUGAUAUCGAUACCAUACAAUGGGACACACAAUGGCACGCGUAAAGGUAUCUUUGACUGGCUCUUUGGAUGGGGAUUUGAUGAAAUGUGGGGCUACGAGCCAUACGCCAAUAUGAACCAUAAGGGUCAAGCGUGCCUGUACAUGCAAGUCAGCUAUAAGAACGCAAUAAAACAAAUAAAGCACUACUACAACCUACGAGCACUAUACACAGAGAAUAAAGAAUACGAAAUUGGCUACUUAACACACGAAAUAAUAUUCCGAUACCAGAUAAUGCUAGAAUUGUAUAAUUUUAUAGAGAAGCGGUAUUACAAAAACCUAACGUCAAAUGUGGCACCUGUCAGUUUGAUGUUAUACUUCUAUGGGAAUAUUCUAGAAGAUAGCCAUGCGAUCAUCCACCUUUGUAACAUGUUGCACGAAGUAGACAGAAAGUUCAAGUAUAAUAGUAGAAUCAAAAAGAAAUACGACUCGGCCUUUAAGGAUAGUUUUGACGAUACGAAAAAAGGCUCACCCAGAACAUUAUCAAAAGACGAGGCAUAUGAGAGAUAUCUGAAAAUGAAGAGAAAAGAGGCGAACCGCAAAUUGAGGCAGGCGAAAAAGAAACGGCAAAUGUACAUAAAAUUUGGUAUCACCACGAAAGCUGUUCCGAAGUAUCAAACGAAGAAAAGCCGAUAUCCUCUCCACUACGGAUGGUCGUUGGAGGACUGGCCACCGAAACCGGAACAGAAUUAG